CGUUCCGUUUCUGCGAGGGGGCGGGCGGGUAACUCUCGGUCGGUUGUCCUCGCGGUCGGCUUCGUCUCUCUGCGUCGUGGGUGCACUCUCUGGGCCUCUCGGCGACCGCCGCGGCCGGCGCCCGCCCGCGGAGCCAAGAUGCGGCCGACGCAGCACCCGCUCGCGCAGGGCGAGGCAUGGGCUUGUACAGCGUCGCCAGCGGCGAUUUUUGAUCGCUCCUAGGCUAGCGCGCGCAUUUGCAGGCCGGCUCACAGGCUUGCGUGUAGAGGCUGUAUCUCGCCCGCCCGCGGGCCUCGCAGCACUAAACUCGCUCCGUGGCUCCAAAUUGUAGUAUUAGAAGUCUCGACAGUAUCUCACGUCGAAAUUUUGCCGUAUAUCCGCGCAGACAGCGACCGUAACUUGUUGCCAACCUGGGCUUGCAAUCCAAGCGGCCCUCGCCUCUCGCGCUUAGCGUGCCUUCGAACCGCCUGGAGCCGUCAACGGAAGCCUGACAAACCCGCAGGAGGGAUCUAGACACCCACCACAAUUUUUCGUGCGGUGUUCGCGGCCAAAAUCGUCUUGGGAGCCGCUCGAUGCGCAGCGAUGCAUAGUUAGAGGUGGCAUCGCUCGCGAGAGACGCUCUUGUGGUAUACCGCUGCGACGGCAAGUGAACCGCUGAUUACACUGAACACCAGCCUUGUCUGAGAGGCUGCUCUCCCAGCCACUGCAGCCAUGCGCCGCCUGCUCCCGCUCCUCGCAGCCACCCAAGCCUACGAGCUCUGCGUCGGCCAGGACUACUGGAGCAUCAUGAACUACACCGCAGUGAUGGGCAAGCCGGCCUGCGUCAUGUCCUAUGCGUCGCUCUACAACCUCACCGCAGCACUGUGGAACGGUACCGAGUACGGCUCCGGCGUCGAGCACGCGUCACGCCUCCUCGAAUCGCUGCCCGACGCCGACCUGCAGCUCGGGUUGUGGUUGGUGGGCGGCCUUGAUGAUAUAAACAAUGGCUUUUGGGAUGACGCCAUCUCCGAGCUCGUCAAUUUUGUGAGAUGGGCGGCGCCCCGCAAAAUCUAUAUAAGGAUAGGCUACGAGUUCGACAACCCCCAGAACGAGUACGACCCCGUCAGCUACAAGGUAGCUUACUCACGGAUAGCCGACGCGCUGCGACACGAGCCGAACGCCGUCCGAGUGUGGCACUCGUGGUCGUUUCCAGAAACUUACGAAGGGCACUCCUACGAGGAGUGGUGGCCCGGGGAGAACAAGGUGGACUUCUGCGGCGUUUCGAUCUUCCAGCAGGCCUACGGCGACAGUCCGAUGGGUGACCUCGCGACUGCUAAAGAUAUCGCUCGCUUCUGCCGCGACCACAAAAAGCCGCUGAUGGUCGCCGAGUCGACGCCCUUCGGCGUCGGUGAUGCGGAAUCGAGGGACACGAUCUGGGAGCGCUGGUACGAGCCCGUGCUCGCGUUCGUUCGGGAGGAGCGCGUUGCGGUCUGGUGCUACAUCAAUGACAAUUGGGACGCGCAGCGGAUGUGGACCGAGGGCGGCACCUUCUGGGGCGACUCGCGCGUCGAGGCGUACGCUGAUUUGGCUUUGCAUUGGCGGCGCGCGGUCCUGGCUUCACCGACGAGGCUUGUCGCCUCCGGGGCCGGCGGCGGCCACUACGUCGGCGCGGCUUUUGUAGGGUUGUGCUUGUGCGCGCUGCCGUGGCUCGUGCGGCGGAAGGCGUGAUUGUUGUGUAUAUAUCUCUUAGUGUAAAUAUGGUAAUUUCGAGA